ACGUGUGUCUUUCAAUUCGGAAUGGCACAAAAUAUAAAUCCGUUCUAUUCCUCUCAAAAUGCUCCAAGUAAACCUGCAGAGGAAAAACAGAGUAUACCAAAAGACAAUCAUGCAGUUAGUAAACGACUGCAAAAGGAGCUCAUGGUUUUGAUGAUGAGUACAGAGAAAGGUGUCUCUGCCUUUCCAGAUGGAGAAAAUUUGUUUAAAUGGAUAGGAACUAUUACAGGACCACGAGACACGGUUUAUGCCGGUCUUACGUAUAAAUUAACUUUAGAAUUCCCCCAUAGUUACCCAUACAGUGCUCCAAUUGUACGUUUCGCUACUCCUUGUUUUCAUCCAAAUGUAGAUGCAGUAGGUAAUAUUUGUUUGGAUAUAUUAAAAGAUAAAUGGAGCGCUUUGUAUGAUGUGCGUACUAUAUUAUUAUCUAUACAGUCUCUUCUUAGUGAACCUAACAAUGAGAGUCCCCUUAACGCGCAAGCAGCAAAGCUAUGGAGUGACCAAACAAAGUAUAAGAAACAUUUGACAGAAGAAUAUCACAGAGCUCUGAACCGUGAUCAGCAAGAUUCAUGAUAAGUGCAUUUUUAUUAUGAUCUUGGCUUGUUCAUUAUUUUUAUUUCUAUCAAUGUUACAACUAGGCAUAAGCUAUAGAAAUGCAAACUGCACCGAAUUUAUGUACUUUAUUA